UUUUUUCCUUAACCAAAAGAAGUCUAAUAAAAUCAACAUAGUACUCAGCACUGGCUGUUAUUCACAGAAAUACAAAUGGUGUUAGCCCCUGAGACCCACCAGAUAUUGAAGAGAACGAAAUGAUUAAAGGAAUGUGAGCAUUGAAACACUUUGAGAUAAGCUCUCAUAGGAUGCUCAGAGUUAGUUUAUGUCACUGCACUUAUCAGAAGUUUUUAUUUCAAAAUAACUGUUAAGAUUUCACAAUCAUUAAAUUAGCAACCAAAUUUUUUUCUAACUUGAAAUUCUGUAAAUGCAAAAUGAUCUAAAAAUAAUUGGACAUGUUCAAAAUUUAACACACAGCAGCAGGUUGCUUGUGCAUAUAUGGUCAGCGCAUGGGGUGGUCGGUCAUUUCUUCCUUGCAGCCCCGAAGAAUGAAUGCGCAUCCCAGCUGCAGUGCUGCUGUCCGCUGAGACAUGAGGCAGAGAGCUGGGAUGAAGACCCCUUAGAUUGAAAAUGUGUCGGAUUGUGGGAGAACCUGUGUAGAAUACUAGAUUAGUUUCAACUGCGUGCUUGUGUAUAACGUUGUUACUGAGCUGUUUGUUUUUGAAAGCUUCUGGUUCUCAAAUCCGUCCAACCUGAUCAGCACGUUUGUGAAAGAGGCAGAAGAUGGAGUGGCAGGUGGAGCUGUGUACCUUUCUGGAAUUGACAUGAUUCAUGGCACCCCCGUACUAGAUAUAAAGCCCUACAUAGCUGAUUAUGACUCACCGCAAAAUGUGAUCGAGUCUUCAGGGGACUUCACCUUACAGAAUAACCAAGACAAGCUGAAAACCGGGUCCCAGUCUGAAGGCAACAGCAAUAGCUGUGACUGGCAACAGCUCCCAGGGCACAAGGAGUCACAGCCCCGCCGCCGCUCUGAGGAGAUGCCCAAGUGUCCUGGAGCCAGGACGUCAGGGGGAAGCAAGGCGGGAUCUGACGGUGCAGCCCACAGCCAGCAAAGCUCAGCUGAGCCCAGGGGGCGAGCGGCAGAGCUGAGGGAAGAGUCCGGCCCCAGGGUGGCACAGGAGCAAAGUGGCCCACAGAGCCAGGAGGAGAGCCCUUCAGAGGAACACGAAGAUAGCAGGCUGAAGAGAGGGGCAGGAGCCGCGGUCCCGGAAGGACGCGGCCCAGAGAUGCCCCCCAGGGCUCCUCCCAGGGCGGCCGGUGCAGCCCAGCGCGCCGUGGUCCCCGCCUGGGUGAGCGAGGCCCCGGUGGCCAGCUUGGAAGUCCGGUUCACUCCUCACGCAGAGAUGGACCUUGAGCACCUUGGCUCAGGUGAACCAGGUGUUGGUCAGGCUUCAUUUCAGUAUUUUCAGUCAGCGGAGGAAGCAAGGCAUGCCAUCGAGGCUGUGCUGUCAGCCGAUCCUCGGUCUGUAUAUCGCCGGAAGCUCUGCCAAGAUCGUCUUUUUUACUUUACUGUAGACACAGCACACGUCACAUGCUGGUUUGGUGAUGGUUUUGCAGAAGUCCUGAGGAUCAAGCCAGCUUCUGAGCCGGUUCAGAUGAGCAAGGCUGCAGAAUCCCCGGGGUCUCUGGGGUCGUGAGUAUUUGCAUGGAGCGUGUAAGACAGCCUAAUUGACUUGGGUGUGGCUGUUGGGUUAUCAGUACAAGCUAAUGACAUGCCUUCUUUGCAAAAGGAAGCAACAUGACGCUUUGUGAUCUCACUGCUUUCAUGUGAUUUGGGUUGUUCACCAUAUGUAUUUGAAAAACAUGUAUUUUAAUAAACUAAGAGAUAUAGAAUUUGGAGAAA